AUGUCGUCUCGUACCGAACGUGCAUGCAUGCUCUGUGGCAUAAUUCAAAGCUACCGUAUGUUUCUCGAAGCUGGAUGUCCAAACUGUGAGUCCGUCCUCCAUUACGCCGACAAUGAAGAUGGCCAGAUCCAGAACUGCACGUCGCCCUCGUACGAAGGUUUGGUCGCGUUGGGUGACGAUAACAAGGCGUCGUGGGUGGCCAGAUGGCUCCGUAUUGAGUCCUUCGUGGCUGGGCUCUAUGCGGUCAAAGUCAACGGAAAACUCCCUCCGCAGAUCAUCAGCGACUUGGAGGAACAGAAUAUUAGCUAUAGGCCGAGAGACGGAAGCGCGCAAGACUGA